GUCUCAGCGUCUGCUCCCGACGCCCGAGCCAGCCUCGUCCGUUCCAAAAUCGGUGUGCCUAUCGCCCAAGCCGAGCCCGUCCAGUACCAGGCAUUAUACCCGUACCAUCCGGUGAAUGAUGAUGAAUUGGAACUGCGUGAAGGCGACCUGGUGGAAGUUUUUGAGAAGUGCGACGACGGAUGGUACGUUGGCACCUCGUUGAGAACUGGAUUGUUUGGCACGUUUCCCGGCAACUACGUCCAUAUUGUGUGAAUGUCCUGAGAAACACGGCGAAGAGAGAAUUUAACUCUGGAAACUCUCUGGAGACCCUGAAUUCAAUCACGAUUUUUGAUUCCUUUUUCUUUUCUUUUUUUUCCUGGAGGGACCAGAGGAGCAUCUACCCAGUAAAUCUCGUUUGCAUUUACUGUCUGAGAAGGAAUUCCGCGUGAGAUUUGUAAUUCCCCCUCUAGAAAUAGUUCUGGAACUUUCCCUGGUGCUUUAUUGAACGUCUGUCAUCGAUAAAUCGGUUUUGACAAUUUUUGGAGACUAACUCAAAAUUGAGAAUCUUCGACAACAAAAAAAAAAUCCAAAGGCGAGAUUUUAGCAUCAUGUUACUAUUUUCGUGGGGAAGAGUGCUUCACACCCGAAGCUUAGUUCCAGAUGGCCUCAAAACCGUGAGGGUUUCGAUGGCAAAUCGGCGGGUUCGCGGUAGCUUAAAAAAAAUUGUUCCAGUGACUUAUCGCGUGCGAAUGGGUUGAGUGAUGCUGGAACAAUAGACGGGUUGCAGCAUAGUAAGGUGACUGUGAAAAAGCUAUAUUACAUGAACCAAGAUAAUUUUUCAAGGUACCAAAGAGUCCAGAGUAUUUAAAGAAUGCGAGUUGGAGACUGUGGGGGGUCGCGGAUGCUAAGAAAAAAUCCUGUUUUGAGAGAGAUCUUGGAUCACUUAAUUGUGCGGCAAUACGCUUUACGUUUUCAGCAUACCCAAGCUUUUGUUUUUUUCCAAAUCAGCACAAAAGUAACUAGCGCACAGAUCUUUGAUAGGUAAAAGGAAGAGUAUCAAGGAGCCCAGUUUUUUUGUUCGCUUUGAUGUUUUGAGCUCGCGUUGCAUUUUUUGUUUGUGUACUUGGGAUUAUUUUUACUCGGAUGAAAAAACGGCAUUUGAUCUUAAAAGUUCGAUACGUAAGGAAGACGUAUGUUUUGCAAUCCUCGCACAAGUUUAAGUUUUUGAGGCAUUAUCGCACUGAAGUACCUGGCAUCCGAAAGUUUAAUUUCUGUUCGUUCUGCCUUUCUUGUUCGUUUAUUUUUUCUUUUAUUUCUGUCUCGAUUCCCUAAUUUCUUCGCAGUGAAGCAUACCUUUCAAAUCUCAACUUUUUUUUUCGCGGGAUCAGAAAUAACAUCUUGUCAGUUUUUCUAGAAAUUUUUCCUCAUGGAUGCUUUUAUAGAACCCUCUUCAGACAAACAGGAAUGCGACUUUCGGGGAUACCAUUUCAGUUGACCACGUGAAGCUUUUGUUGUUGUUGUUUUGACUGGGUUGCCUUUCUUUUUUGUCCAAUUGUUUGUUUGUAUCACACGUUCUAGUCAGCGGAUGGAGUUUAUUUUUAAAGGAGUCUGAUCACCGCGCACGACGUCGCCAGUGUUUUACGUUUUCCGUGCCUAGUGCACCCAUGGGUACCAAAGAUAACUGAUUAGGAAAGAAUUCGCAGUUCGUGUGCUAAACCUCUUCCGACAGCAGACGCAGUAUAUUGGAACAAGUGCACCCGCGUUUCUUUUCUUUUUUUUUACGUGAUGCGGACUGUAUUUCUUUUGACAUGCGUGGGAUUGCGAGGGUGCCGUUAUGCAAUGGCGGGCUUAUUUCUCAGUUUGAAAUGAAACAAUUAAUCGUCUAUUUGGUUGGAAACAAAUAGAAACGUUGAUGUAGAUA